AGUGACCCGUAUGACUCACACCUGGACGUGCGGCGAACCUCCAGAGUACCAGUGAGGAAUUCAUUAAGAAGACAAAUCAAACUUUAUCACUAUGUCAAAGUUGAUUUACUGACCUACCCUUUCUAUAUUUGAGUACCUAAUUUGCCCUGCUGUGGAUGAUAAUCUAACGGUUUGGUUGUGGGAAUACGCUCUUGACAGGAUAACUGCUCUGAACCUUGCUUUGUGGCACGCAUGCGGAUUUUAUUCAGGAUGUUACUGUCUAAACGGCCCAGGUGUCAUUGGGCCAUUGUAAAUCACAGAUCUGCACAUUCUGCACAGAGCAGGGGAUUCUGCUCUUUUUAGGAAUAAGUAAACACAUUCCCUGAACAAAAGAAAAGUGGAAUCACCCAGGAGGACAUUGCCAUUGGCUAUAAAAAUCAUCAUCUCCGGGUUACUAUGCACUUACAACUGAUCUCCUUUGUUUUGAUCAUGCACUGCAUGGACUACACUGAUUGUCAGCAGCACCCCUCCAGGCACCGGCAAAAUAAACAGAUCCCAGGCGUGAGUUCAGGGUGCCAGGGAGGCUGUCUGACCUGCUCUGAUUACAAUGGCUGUCUGUCCUGUAUGCCCCGCCUGUUUAUCUUCCUUGAGAGAAAUGGGAUGAGGCAAAUCGGGGUGUGUCUUCCCUCAUGCCCCACCGGAUUUUACGGCACCCGCUCGCCAGACAGAAACACAUGCACUAAGUGCCGGCCAGAGUGUGAUUCCUGCUUCAAUAAGAUCUUUUGCACGCGGUGCAGAGUGGGGUAUUAUCUCCACCUGGGCAAGUGCCAGGAGAGUUGUCCAGAGGGCCUAGUCCCCAGUGACAAACAGAGGGAAUGUAUCCCGAUGUGUCCGGCAGAAUGUGAUGCCUGUCAGAACAGUGACACAUGCACAAGGUGUUCACCAUCCCUGUACCUGCUGCUGGGGAAGUGUCACAAAGUCUGUCCAGAUGACUUUGAGUCCAACGACCAACUCAUGGAGUGUUCCCCUCAAUUACACUGUGAAGUGGGUGAGUGGGGCGAGUGGAGCCCCUGUUCCCGUUCGGGUAAAACCUGUGGGUUUAAAUGGGGUGAAGAGACGAGGACCCGGGAGGUUGUCCAGAUCCCUUCUGUCAGUGGAAAGCCCUGUCCCCCCAUCUCAGAAAAGAAACAGUGCAUCCUCAAGAGGAGGCGAUGUCCAGGGCAAGGCAAGAAAAAAAAGGCUGAGCGGCGAGGCGAGCGGGGACCUCGGAACAGGGACAAGCAGAACCGGGGGCAAGGCCAGCAGGAGAAGAAGAGGGACAGAGAAAGGGAGAAGGGCGAUAGAGGGGAGAGCUGGGAGACAGGUGACCAGGAGGACUCUGAGAGCAGGAACAAGACAGAGCAAAGACGCCGGAGAGGCCAAAACAGAGACCCUGUGGUGUUAACCGAGGGUGGAGGUCCUGAACCGUAACAGAGACCGGAGCCCUGUCUUUCCAUCCCCACGCUGUCCCCCUUGCCCCCAUCAACCCCUUGCCGAAAGGGGUGCUGCUGCUACCUGUAUAAUUUAAAUAUAUGCUGUAUAUGCCCAGGAGAGGUGGGGUCACUCCAUCGGGCCACUAGACUCUAAUGACCUCCCCCUCACCUAUCUUCCUCCCUCCCCCCA